CGAAACCCCUUGCUGUCAAUCCUCACUUUGGAGCAAGCAAUCUAGCUGUAGUCAGCUGUCGACAGGUAUAUAUCUACGCUAUUAUACAUAUAUACUCCACAGCCUCAACCAAUGGCCCCAGCAAUCACCUUGCCGUCCAAGGUGGCCGAGGCGACCAGGACCUUGCCACAAGCCAUCACAAAAGUCCUCAGCGGCCGCCAAUCGACCACCACCGUCAUCACACAGGAGCCCAGUGACAACAGUGACAGCAGUUCAUCAAGCCCUAAUCUCUCCGGCGGCGCUAUCGCCGGUAUCGUCAUAGGGUCCAUCGCUGGUCUUCUGCUACUCCUCUGGAUCAUCCGGUCAUGCACCAACAUGGGAAAAUCCAACAGCUGGGGCAGGACCUUUGAGCCUGAUCAUGAGAAACCCCCGCCGCGGUCGUCGCAAUACCGUGGCGAUUACCCCUACCAUCAGGAGACGCAUCACCCGCGGCGCUCUCACUCUCGCCACUCUCACCAUCAUCAUCACUCGCGGAGCCCGAGGCGUGUCGAGGUCGUGCAGCCCGUUGUCUACGAUUCUCGCUCAAGGAGUCCGAGAGCGCCCCCCGCCGCGUACUACGCGGGCAGAGCUAGCAGCGAUAGGAGACGCAGGUCGGGUGACGCUCGCAACUACCGUUACUAAGCCCAAGUGUCCUUCUUUGGGCUGUAUUCACAUGAGACUAGAAUAGGCGAAUUUUUCUACUAUCGACGACAAGAAUCGAUGGAAAGCCGCAGAAACGGGAGGAUAUAGUGGCUAUGGAGUU